GGCGGCUCACUCGCGCGCUGUCGGCCGGCGGCCCUGCACGAACGCAUGCCCGCACUCACUGCUACCGACCAACACGUAAACUUUGCCGAACUUGCGAACUGUGGAAAAGUGCGCAGUGGACAAAAUUGGAUGUAAUUUGUGCAAUACAUGUAUUUCAUUGUGUGCUUGUGACAUAGAAUCAUUCUGUGAAUUACCCAAAGUUUGGAGAAAACUGUUUAUUGCUGUAAAGUUUGGAUGAUUAACUACACUAUUUGUUUAGUGAUGGAUGACUUUUGAAUAUUUUAUGGGUUGUGUGAGAUGAUGGUGUCGCGCGGUGCGAAGGCCUGCGCUCGCGAUUGUACGCUGAAGUGAAUCAGACGGCAGUACCAUGAUACCCGCGCACGCGCACCCCUGCCUACUCCUGCUGCUGGCGAUGUUUCUCGCUAGAGAAUACGGAGUUACCAGUUUGGAGCUGCUGGAGCUGCGCGUGCCGGCGCACGUGGCGCUGGGCACGCGCGCGGCGCUGGCGUGCCGCUGGGCGCUAGGCCCAGCAGACGUGCUCUACUCCGUCAAGUGGUACAAGGACGGCAAGGAGUUCUUCCGCCACGUGCCGCGCGACCACGAGCCCCGGAGGAAGUUCCCUCUACCAGGAGUCGACGUGGAGAAAUCAAGUCCAAACGGUGCGAAUAUAACGCUGUACCCCGCCGUGCUGGAGACGGGGGGCCGCUACCGGUGCGAGGUGUCGGGAGAGCGACCCCUGUUCCCUACCGUGUCCGAUCAUGGAGACAUGGUUAUAGUUGCUCUUCCUGACCACGGUCCCACAAUCACAGGGUCCCGUCUUCGAUACCAGAUCGGAGAUAGAGUACAAGUCAAUUGCACAUCAGGUCGGUCCAGACCCGCUACUCGACUGGCCUGGUACAUAAAUGGAGAACCAGCUCCCCCUAUAGCACUCGUGCCGCCCACACAUGAGAAGCACGAAGAUGGACUAGAAACCACGAGUCUAGCGCUCGACUUCAAAGUUAAGCCCAAACAUUUUAGGAAAGGAGACCUAAAACUUAAGUGUCUAGCAACGAUAGCAACAGUGUAUUGGCGGAGCAAUGAAGAGAGUGUGCAGGGUGAGAGACUGAAGGGGUACUCCAGAUCCAGGGAGCUGACUGAGAGCUCCAGGGCUGACAGGGUGCAAGCGGCGGGGAAGCCAGGCAGUGCAGCCCCUACCCACACCAUUGCACUCUACCUACCCCUCCUCUGUGUCAUAAUACACAUAUCACAACACAAAUACAAUUCGUAAAAGAACGAUUUAUGAAACAAACUAUUAGUGAAGUUUUGUAGCUAAAUAAAGUGAUGAAAUGUGCUAAAACUUUCGAAAUAAAUGCUUUAUUCAAUACGACUACGAGACUUAGGCUUAUACGAAUGUAUCCAAUUUUGCAUGUCUGACUAAUCUAAGUGAUGUACUUAUAGAAUAACCAUUUGCAAAUUCUGUUUUGUGAUGAUACGUGUGCCAUCUAUGUUGGGAUAACAAUCAGUAUUUUAGUUCACACCUCGUGCAUUGUUCCAAAGGUAACCAAAGUAUGUAACUGUAACAGUCUACCAUUUUAUCAUUAAUAUAUUUUAGAUUUCAAUCACAAUUAUAAAUGUACAUCUCGUCAUUCCAAUUGAAGGUGAUAAACCGUUGUAUAUAAAUGAUAAGUACCUAAGUAUGUCAUUUUGUAAUGUUAACAUAUCAUUAUCGUUCGCUAACUGUACUUUACAAAAGCAAUUAAUAUUGUAAAGCCAUGCAUUUAUUAUGUGUACGUUGAUUAAGGAUACAACUGGUUGUAUGAAUAGGAUAUAUUUUAAUUUACAGCGUAAUUCUGAACUAUGUAGUAUGGACAUAAAGGAUCACAGGACUUUGAAACUGAUUGGCUAGCUUAGUUUCUAUUUUACGUAAAUCACUAAUUUAAAAAACACGUUCUUAAAGUUAUAUAAAUUUGAGUACCUACUUCAAAAAAUCGAUACGUCCUCGUUGUGUCUAAAUGAGUUUUACUUUGUUCAUGUAAAUUGCUGCAAUCAUCGACUGUGCCCGACGCACGUGUAGUUUAUGGCAUUGGAGGUGACAUCCAUCGUGAAACGGGGCGCAGUGCGUUAAACGAGAAUAUCCAUUUUAUUUCAACACAACACUCGUUGAAGUUAUUUAUAACAUCAAACGCGUGGGAUGGUUUGAUGCGAUCUUCACACUAUACAUCUUAAUCUCUCCUAAUACGCCUCUUAAGUGUUUACGAAGUAUUUUUCAAACAAGAAUCAGACAGUUUUCGCCAUUGCUCUACGCAUGAAUGUUUCCCAGGUGAUUGGUGCAACAUACGAGAGAAGUGAGGCGAGGUUAAGUUUCCAACUUGCGAUCAGGCAAUACAAUAUAGCAGCUACUAGGAAAACUUUGCUUUACAAGAACUCUUCGAUAGACAAACUCACUCUCAACGCUUUUGUGGCUAAGGGAGCUAACGCUAAAGCAGCGGUUCUAGUGUAGUUUUAUGGGUUUUACUUGAGCUCUACUUCCGUGAAUUUGUUUUUAUAUAUGACGCAAAGUUUUUAAUUGUUACGUCACAAAUAAUGGGGGGUGAUUAAAAACAGAUUAAUUGAUUUAAUUAAUGAAAAUCCCAGCCAAUUAAAAUAUUCUGCGUCAUUGUCUUGUGCAUUGUUUUUGGUUAUGUUUCAUACUUUACGUCAGGCUACUAAAUAUUAUAUUGCUGCGAUCGAAAUUACACGGCUAUUGUAAUUACUUUUAUCGUAGCAAUGUUGGGUAAUAUUUUCGCAUCCCAAUAUAUGUAAAUUGAAUGAUAUAACGUGUAUAAAUUCAUACGAGAACAAACAACUCCAUUUUGUAAUCUAAAUGAAAUGUUUAACAUAAAAAUAUUAUUUUAAAUUGUGUAGUAUUUAUAGGGCAUAAAGAGAUAUAUUACAAUGUAUAUAUUUGUAAAUUAAUUAUAUUUAUAGUUAGGUAAAAACUUAUUUUAUAAGUUGAUGCGUCACUCCAACAAUUUGUUUUAAUUAAAUUAUGAGUGAAGGUAUCAUUAAAACGUGAGUAGCAUGAUGGUACUGCAACAAAUGUUCGUCGCAUCAAUUUCUAGAAUUUGUUCAAUUUAUAUUUUACCUAGUCACCAUUAUACAAUUUUAAUGUUGCUAAAGUGACUGUUGUUUUUAUGUGAGAAUAUGUAAUGUCGCAGUUUGGGUCUACUUACUAAAUUAUCUUUGCUUUUUGCAAGAUGUUUUGACUUGUUUGUUACAUGAUUCAAAUAUAUUAUUGAAUGUACCUACAGAGAUAUAAAUGUUCAUAGAAAAAAUCGUAUAAAAUGUGAGAAAUAAACAAAUUAUUUGUGAACAAAAAGGUAUCCGUUCUAUCCACUGACUUAGGGUUUCCUUAUUCUGCUAUCAUUAUAAGCAUAUUUUCCUUAAAAAUAAAUACGGUUUUCCUUGAGUUGGAAAGCAAAAAUGUUUAUUUUACUCUCCGUGAUUUGAACGCAUAUCAAUUAUGUAAAAAUGAAGAUGCAAAGGAAAUGGCGAACUCAGCGGGUGAAACCCCAUUUUACCGCAUUCUGCCGGUUCUUACCGGCUAAAACCAGAAUUUUGAAAGCUUCCAUUCAUCUGACUCGUUUUCAUUCAUUUAACGUGGUUUUGCUAAAGGAUUUUGGCCUACAGUUUACUGAACUGAGUCUAGAAUAGGUAAUGUAGGUACUUAUAAUGUAAACAGCCAUUUCUGCAGCCCUUCUGACGCAAUCUGUGCAAAAAAAAUAUAAAAUAAAAUUACUUCUAAUGCGAAUUCAUUUGGUAUCUGUCAAACGAACAAUUUGAAAUGUAUGUAGCAAAUAUUCUACAACACAACUGUAAAAUUAAAUGAGGAACAUGAAAUAAAUAAUGUAUAUUAUUAUUGUCAAUGUAUCGGUUUGUGUCAAUGUCGGGCUGCAGUUCAAUAGCAAUCACAAAUAAUGCCGGAAUUCCCGAUAUUCAUGUUGUUCGUUGCCGAGCAAAGCCGCCACUGUUUGAACCAAUAUCAUCCUUGAUUGCAACUAUUGCGUAAAUGCGGAUUAAUAUGAUCGCAUUCGUAACUUAAUAUGAGAGACUAACAAAAGAAAUUCAUGUUAGUUUUACCAUAGGUUCAAAGUGUGGGAGAGCUAUGCUUCGGCACGAAUGGGCCGGCUCGACCGGAAUGAUACUACGGCCUCACAGAAAACCGACGUGAAACAACGCUUUCGUUGUGUGAGUGAGGUUACCGGAGGCCUAAUUACCCACCUUCUCAAUCUGCCCAAUCCCCUAUUCCCUACAACCUUUAAAUUCCUAACCCCCAAAAGGCUGGCAACGCACUUGUAACGUCUCUGGUGUUUCACACUACAUAUUUUUAAUUUAAUACUACAUUUUUUCACAUCGACAUCAGAGCGCAAUUUUCAAUAUUUAUAAGUACAAAUCAAUGGACAAACUGUACAUUACAUUAAUCCAUAUUUUAUAUUAACAAUGAUGAGUGGGGCACGAAAAUCAUAUUACAUAUAACAUACCUAUAUAUAAAUAAAUUGUAAUGUAAUUACUAUUAAGAAUAUUAUGUAUAAUUUUGUGGGAUGCAGUUCGUAAAGUACGCGGUUAUUGUUGCUUAUUGUUAUUGAAUAUUUAUAGCGUAUAAAUACGAGUUUGUACAUAAUGGAUAUACCGUGUAGCUCAAAAGAAUUGAAUAUAAAUAAAUCAUGUGACCUAAUUA